GAGCGCCCCAGGUCACGAAGAUAGUCGAAGGAGGUCAUAUAGCACAUCAUUCGAUUCAGCAGGUUUUCCAAAUCCAGGAAUUGCUUUCCAGACUCGCUAGCUCAAUUUGACGGAGUUAUUGACGAAAAACUCAUAUGACCUUAGGAACAUCGUAAAUGACGUGACGCUAGGUCGACAAUGCAAAAGCGAAGCAUCGGAACUUGCAAGGCUCAACGAUGGAAGAAGAUUACAAAGCAGUAUGUUGUUUGAGGAAAUGCAUGUCAGAUUUGUCGCAGCUCUGGAGUGAUGAACCUUGGACACUCGCAGUAGUGAUAUCGACAUCUCCCUUUAAUAAGAAGACAAAGAUCAAGACACUUUUUAUCCGAAAAGUAAGGAUGGAUGGGUCAUUGGAAGGGCUCCCAAUGAGCUGCUUUAUUUUGGGAACAAUGGGAAAACGAGUGGAUGGUAAGGUGCACGCGGGAGACAUCCUGUGCCUCUACCGAUCAGUCGAGUUUGUCUGGAAGGAUGAUGACGUGUGCCCGGAGAUUAGCUGCAUCCGCGCUGAGCUGGGGCCCGGCGACGGGGCACGGCUGAUUUGGAUCAGUGUGACCGGACGCGGAGGCUGCGCGCACUGCGGACGUGGGGCACCGGCUGCCGCCCCCAGUCCCCGGCAGCGCGUUGUCAGUCCUCGUAAGCCCACCGCAAGUCCCCAACAGCCCACCGCCAGUCCCCGGCAGCCCCCCGCCAGUCCCCGACAGCCCGCCGCUGCAAGUGCCCAACAGACCGCCAUCAGUCCCCGGCAGCCCGCCGCUAGUGCCCAGGAGCCGGGCGCGGCCGGCAGAAGCAGUUCUCGGCAGCCCGCCGUCAGUCCUCAACAGCCCACCGUCAGCCCCCGGCAGCCCGCCGUCAGUCCCCGGCAGCCCACCGUCAGUCCCCGGCAGCCCGCCGUCAGUGCCCAGGAGCCGGGCGCGGCCGGCACGCCGGCGUUCACCAGCACACCACCCCGCGCCGCCUACUCUGGCACCGCCGACCAGCCGGCUAGGCCGGACUCGCCCGUUGUUGAACCACAGGCAGCAGAGGCGCCGGCGCCGCCGACCGCCGUCGAAGAGUUGAUGGAUACAUCGGAGGACAGCACGCAAAGCCAGGCGGCGGUGUUCAUGAACAGUGUGCCGGCGAGCGAUCCUUCCGACACAUACACUCUGUUGAUGGACAUAGGCCGCAACGAUCCGGGCCUCAACCAGCGACCUAACCUGAUGGGCGUGAUUGUCGGCGUGCCGCAGCCGCCUCGCCGCACGCAACGCUCGUAUAUGGUGAUGGUCGUAAUCAAGGACCCUUCCUGUUGUGCCGAGGACGCGCCUCGCAGCGACUUUGUCGUGUUCGGCUUUGUCCAGAGUCCGGCUGAUCUGCCACUGCCUGACGGCGACCACGGCCUGCGGGUGGGCAACAUCCUCCGCGCGCGACACGUCAAGGUCGAGAAACAUGGCAACCGGCCGGACGGGCGGGUGUUCCGCGGCGCGGCGCUGACCGUGUUCUCGGGCGAGCUGCACGAUCCGGCGACCCCGCUGGGCGCCGCCAUCCCGCCGCCGACGGUGACGGACGCCGAGCGGCGCCGGCUAGAGUGGCUGCGCCGCUGGUGGGCACUGGAGCACUCACACCAGGAGCGGAUCAGCCGCGCCAAGGACGCCCAAAUCGGAGACCUCGUCCGCCCCGGCCUGUACAACAUCAAAUGCAAGCUGAUGGCACUGGAUGAGAUCGGCGGCCGGCUGUUCGCCCGUGUUGAGGAUGGCACGCGCUGUCCGCUGCCGUGCCUCGAGCCCCGCCCGGAUGACCCGGACGACGACCCGGACGCUCCGAUGCCCAGCAGUCCCUCCGAGUCGGAGACACAGGUGUUCCGUGAGCUAGCCGACCGCGUGCCGGUGCUCGUGUCGGACCGCCGGUGUGCCGGCCUCCUGCGCGAGCUGCACCAGGCCGGCGCCCGGUUCGUGCAGCUGUUCCGGGUGCGUGUGAUCGACGUGCUGCAGGAUGAGGACACCGCUCUGUUGGCCAUGUCACUGUCGCUGAAGCGUGCCGACGAACCGUUAGUGCGGCCGCUGCAACUGGACUCGGACGAUGUGUCCGACAUACGCCUGCGUCUGGAGGCUAUGGCUGCCUCGAAUCCCGCCGCUGACAGAGAGCAGGCGCCGCCGCCGGUGGAAAGUCAGACCCCGGCGGCCCCUGCACCUGAGACCUGUCCUCAGCAGCCGGCGGCCGGCACCGCAGCCAGUCGGGUCGAGACUGAGAACAACCGGAUAGAAACCGGGACCGGGACCUGCCAGACCCAGACGGGACCCAGCCGGACCGAGUCUAGCUGGCACCCGGAUCAGCAAGAGAGCAUGGAGGUCACUGAGGCAUCUGAGGCCAUGGCUGCCUCGAACCCCGCUGCGGACGGGGAGCAGGCGCCGCCGCCGGUCGAGAGUCAGACCCCGCCUUCCCCCGCGCCUGAACAGCGGGCGCCCUGUCCCCAGCAGCCUGUGGCCGACACUGAGACCAGUCGGGUCGACAUCGAGAGCAACCGGGCCGAAACCAAGACGGGGGGCAGCCAGAGCGAAUCCGCCAGCCAAGCCGAGUCUAUCUUGUACCCGGUUCAGCAAGAGAGCAUGGAGUUCACCGACACACCCUCCGACCUGCCGGCGGUCAGCGAGACGGCGGACCCGCCGGCGGUCAGUCAGACGGCGGACCCGCCGGCCGUCGCGCUCGACAGCCCGACGUCCUCGGUGCCGGCCAGCGAGCGGUUCGCCACGCCGCCGCAGUCGCCGGACGGGCGGCACGCGCUGACGGCGGCCGCCUUCCUGUCGCCGGUGCCGUUCGAGGACGCGGCCGCCCAGCCGGCGGAGCGCACGUUCCGCACCCGGUGCGCGGUGCGCUGGUGCGUGCCCUACUCCUCGCCGCAGAGCCUGCGGCCGCUGCUGAUGGCCAACUGUAUGCAGCCAGAGUGCAUCACGCAGUACCUGGGCGCCGCGCUGCCCGACCAAACGGACCUCAACGAGGACCUGGAGCCGAUCUAUAGGUGCGUGCGCUGCCGCGCCGAGAUGCCGCUCGGUGUGGCGCUGCCGCUGGAGCUGCACGCCAUCGGCGGCCGCGGCGAGCCGCUGCACGCGCUGCUGGCCGGGGAGGCGGCCGAGCAGCUCCUCGGCACCACCGUGACCGUCACCUCGCUGAGGGUGGUGCACCAGCGCGUGAUGGCCCUCAUGGAGGCGACCCGCUCGGGCCUCACCGGCGAGGUGGGGCUGCUGCCUCUCGACGAGUCGCACCGCCGCUACAUGGUGGUCGACACGGUGCUGGCGGGGAUCGUGGAGGGUUGAAGGGCGAGCGCAGUGCCAGGGCACGGGUGAGCGCGGUGCCUGUGGUAGCCCUGCGUGGCUGAGCCUUAUCUGAGUUAGUUGAGCCAAGCGUUCCGGGGACGGGCGUACUUAUAGAUCUCUGCCUGAUACGGCUGUGAAGAGUGUGUUGGAUAAAGAAUACGCCUUAUGUGCUGGUCAAUCUAGCAGCUGAUCGAUAUUCGCGAAUCCGCUGCUUCCUGCUGGUAGACAUACAUUCGCCGUUUUCGAAAAUGCUGUUACUGGCAUGAAGUUAAAGGUAGCUCGCACUAAGCCCAGACUAGUUUUAGCCCAAAUUCAUUCCAAGAUUUGAUAACAUAAGCCAAAAACACGUUGUUUCCUGUCACCCCAAGGUGAGGAUCAAAGCAUAAUGUUACCCUUUAUUUCGUCUUUUUUAAACUCAAUAUGGGCUCAAAGAGGCUCUAAUGAGUCUGAGUUUUAUGUCCGAAUAUGUCGGUCAACUUAAAUUUCGUGCUAGUAGCAGCAUAUUGGGGAAGCAGUGAAUGACUGUCUACCAGCAGCAGAUUCGCGAAUAUAAAUAAGCCGUUGGACUGACCAGCGUCAGUGAAAUGCUCAUGUUGUAUUUUAGAAUUUAGAUAGUGUAAAGCGACACGUUGCAGCUGGGUAUACUUGCUUCGGCUGAUGAACAUGGACUUACGUUUGGAAGAUCCCAAUUUUUUUCAGGAGGGAUCGAGUGUCAUCUAUUCGGGAAUAAACUUGUAAGAAA